CAUGUUAGUCCCGACAAACAUGAGGAUGUGUUGAUGCGAGACCUUGCAAUUAUUUUUAUUGUCGAUAUCGUAAAUUCUUUUUUUAUAGUUCUGUCAGUAUUAAAGCAUCGAUUGCAGUCACGCUGUGAUCUUCAGAUCUUCCAUAAGUGGAGAGUCAACAUAAAUAUCACUUCGUGGAUAAAGAACGAUUAUUUUAACUAAGUUGAAUUUAUAAGUCAGAUGCAAUAUUUGAUUUAUUAUAUUAUAUUUGCUGUAUAUAUAAGCAUGUAUGUCAUUUGAUCUAUUCUUUUACAGUUUAUAUUCUCUUACACAACAUGGAAAUUUUUGACCCAUCAGAACAUCAACAUUGUAGGUAUAAUCCAUUGCGAGGUGAAUGGGUUUUAGUAUCUCCUCAUCGAAUGAAACGACCUUGGGGAGGCCAGGUAGAACCAAGUAGUGAUAAAGAUCCCCCUGAAUAUGAUCCACAUAAUCCAUUGUGUCCUGGCAAUAUCAGAGCUAGUGGAUUGGUAACUCCAAAAUAUGAAAAAACAUAUACAUUUACUAAUGACUUCCCUGCGAUGUUAGAAAGUGUACCAGAUCCACCAAAAGAAGUUGAAGAAUUAUUUAGAACAGGACCAGCUCAAGGUACAUGCAAAGUAAUGUGUUUUCAUCCUAAAUCUAAUGUGACAAUAGCUUUGAUGAAAAUAGAGGAAAUUAAAGAAGUUAUUAAACAGUGGAUAAAUGAAAUACUAGAUCUUGGAAAAAAAUGGACAUGGGUACAAAUUUUUGAGAAUCGAGGAAGUUUAAUGGGUUGCAGCAAUGCACACCCACACUGUCAAAUAUGGGCAAGUUCAUUUUUACCUAAUGAACCUAGAAUCAAAGAUAUGAAUUUAAGAGAAUAUUACCAUCGUAAUAAGUCACCAAUGCUAUUUGAUUAUAUGAAAAAAGAAUGUUCUAAAAAGAAAAGAAUAGUAAUUCAAACAGCAAACUGGUUAGUUGUUGUUCCUUUUUGGGCUACAUGGCCAUUUGAAACAAUGGUUUUACCCAAAAGACAAGUCACCAGAAUGGAAGAAUUGAAUGAAAAAGAGCAAACAUCACUCGCAGCUGUCAUCAAAACACUAUGUAUAAAAUAUGAUAAUUUAUUCCAGUGUUCAUUCCCAUAUUCAAUGGGUUGGCAUGGUGCACCCACUGGGCUAGAGUAUGACAAAGAUUAUAGUCAUUGGACUUUUCAUGGAAUAUAUUUUCCUCCACUAUUACGUUCCGCUACAAUCAAAAAGCACAUGGUUGGAUAUGAACUUUUAGCUCAAUCUCAAAGAGAUUUAACUGCUGAACAAGCAGCUGAAAAAUUACGGUCUCAGACUACUAUACAUUAUAAACAUCCAGAAACAAGUUACAAUAAUGAGGAAUUAUCACAAUUUAUUUAAUAAAUAAAAUGGUUUUAUAUAUAAUAGUUGUUUAUACAAUUGAAAAAUUAAUUUAUAAUUUUAAUAUUUACAUGUUGUUCAAAGUGUAAUAUAAAAUUGGUUUUUAUAUUGUUGAUUGUUAAUGUUGUUGUU